CUGAUGGCACCUUUUUAGUGUCAUCAUUUAUUGAUGAGGACAAGUAACUCAGCAAGCUCUUUAAAUUGGAUAAGUUUUCUGCUCGCAACCAAUAAUCACGUAUAUAAAAGGACUCGACGUUGGGUCAAAAAGUAUCAUUCGUUUCUUUCCAAUUCAACGGUUAAGAGUGCACUACAAUCAAAACUGUAGCUUCCACCAUGAAGGCGUUCAUUGUGUUGUCCAUGGCUUUGGCUAUCGCUUCCUGCGCAGCAGUCGACGAUUCCACUAGUAAGAAAGAAAAACGUGGCCUCUGGGAAUUGGGCGAUGAUCAUAGCAACUUCGGAUAUGAUGAUCACCAUCACCACUAUGACGACGAUCAUCACGAACUGAAGCACAUUUCCACAACCAUUACCAAGAAAGUCCCGGUCCCAUACCCAGUUGAAGUUGAGAAACACGUCCCUUUUCCAGUGAAGGUCCCUUAUCCGGUUCAUGUCGAAAAGAAGGUUCCAGUUGUUGUUGAGAAAAAGGUCCCAGUCUACGUUGAGAAGAAGGUUCCAGUCCAUGUCAAUCGUCCAGUACCAUACCCAGUGGAAGUGAAAGUUCCCGUUGUUCAAAAGGAAUACGUCGAAGUGCCGAAACCAUACGCAGUUCAUGUUGAGAAGCCAGUUCCCGUGUACGUGCAGAAGCCAGUGUAUGUCGAAAAACCUAUCCCAGUGACGGUGCACAUCAAGGAGCACAAGAAGCAUUGGGGUCUGUUUUGAGGGAAUUGUGAUAUGUGAAUAGUUAAAACUAGGAUGAAUAUUACCUAUUUGACCCAUUUAAGGGAAAAUAUA